AUUUAAAAGCGCGUUUCUCUCAGCUGCAGGUCAGUAGAGCCUAAAAAUGAGGUAUUUUUGUUCAGCAGGUUACCUUGGUGUUUGCGCUAUGGUGUUUGCGCUACCAUCGGCUCACGCUCAAGCAGAAGAGCCAUUAAACCAGGACGUCCUAGAUGUUUUCAAGGUUUUCGAGGACCAUGACUAUGGCAUUGUAAUGCUCGACGUUGACCAGGACGGGGACCUCGACUGUCUCACCGCGAAGCGAACGGAACUUGACAUAAAUGCCCGGACCGCCACAUACGUUUGGAUUCUAAAAGGCCUCCAUGGAAAAGAAAAAACACGAGUCACAUUUCAUUUGAAACCAGGACCGACACCUGACCUUGCCGUAUUCACACUUGAUAACGCUGACGGCCCUGAACAGAUUGUGAAGCUUUUGUACACAGAUUACGACGCAUGUGCUCUUCUCGAAAUCCCAUACGGAGGAAAAGAAGAAUGUAUGCUGUGGGGUACGAGCGAAUCCAAGAACAACGCUCCGCAGAGCUGCGUCGACCAGUUUCGACAACACUGCGGCACCGAAGUGGUGGCCUAUGAUGAAGACACGUGCAGUCAAGUGGACGACGAUCUCUAAGACCCUCCUUCGGAGACACUACCAUAGCUAAUCGAGAGUAACUCAUCGUGAACUUAAGCACAAGAUCAAACACUUCUCUUUCCUUCACUUUGAAAGCAAUGGUUAACAACAAAUAAGCUGUAUCAAACCGAUAAAUUCUGAGGAUUGCAUUACACGAGACAUGAGACAGGUCGACUGCACGCAUUACAACGUUGAAUAAAAAUGAUAAAAAAGUGAAGUUCUCACUAUAUAUGCACAAUACCCUCAUUUUCUCAUUCAGCCGUAUUUACACGCAUUUUUCGGUACCAGGUGGCCCUUCUAGCGUUAUAUAAACACGAUCCCGUCUCGGUGCUCUAAGAGUAGGUGAAAUACGUGACACCUACUGCUGUAGACCACGGACCCGUACCAAGAAGCACUCACUUAAUGUCGGAAAUUCUCGAUGCUACCGUUUUUGUUAUUAUGGAUUUUUGUAGCACCAUCGCCUGGUCAUUUGAAUAAAAUACAGGGCGCUCUGCAAAA